AUGGUAGACCUACAACCAAAAGAUAUUUUAUCAAUAGAUUUAGAGGGCCUUACAAGAUUUGCUUUAAACGAUGCAAAGGAAGGAAGAGACUUGAUCUUUACAGGAAAGAGUUUAUAUUUCAGUGAGCAAAGGUUGCAUGAAUUGCCUGCAGCUUUGUUUGAAUUGACUGAGUUGGAGGAACUUCGUCUGUCAAAGAAUAAACUUACAACAAUACCUGAAAAUAUUGGAAAACUAAACAAUCUUGUGUUACUUGAUGUGAGUACAAACCAGCUGUCCAUAUUCCCUACAAGUGUGCCUCAGAUGAAAAAACUCAGAGUGCUGUACAUCUCACGAAACAAACUAACCACCAUCCCUGAUGGUAUUGGGGAGAUGGUGCAGCUGGAGGGACUGGGGCUGAGUUACAACCUGUUGACUGUGUUCAGUCCAGCUAUAAAACAGCUGAAGAAACUCAGAGUGCUAGAAAUCUCACAGAACAAACUAACCAGCAUUCCUGAUACUAUUGGGGAGAUGGUGGAGCUGGAGAUACUGUUGGUGAGUGACAACCAGUUGACUGUGUUGAGUCCAGCUAUAAAACAGCUGAAGAAACUCACAUGGCUGUUCAUCUCACAUAACAUUAACUUAAACCACCAUCCCUUUGAAGGAAUGAGAAGUGUUAUGGAGCUAAAGGAUAAGAUUGACAGAGUAUAUUCAGAUGUCCCAGACUCUAAAAGAGCAAAAGGAAGCAAAGCACACGUACAGUUGGCUUAUGAAGAGGCUUUAAAAGAUGGAUAUGUACAAGUUUACCAUGGGCGUAUUAUACUGGUUGGUCAGGAUCGUGCCGGUAAAACCAGUUUGAAGAAGAGUCUUUUAGGCCCUCCAUUUGACCCCAAAGAACAGAGUACUGAGGGGAUUGAAGUGGAUCCUUCAAAAUGUGAAAUUGAUGUUGACCAAGCUGUCAAAAACUGGCAGUUGAGCAGGGAGAGUAAACCAGGACUAUUGGAAUGUUCAAAAGAUUUAGCAAAGAUUGUGGCAGACAAAAUGUGUGGAGCAGAUAUUUCUCGAAAGAAAAUCGUAAAGGAAGAUACAAUUGAUGGAGGAAAACUGAAAUUAAAAGAUGAAGUUGGAGAUGUUUUCAAGUCAAAGCAGUUUCCCAUGAAUGAAAUGGAAUUUCUUUCUAAAGAAGAGUUAAGAAGAAAGAUGUUAAGAUCUUUGGGAGGAAAGAGUUUAGAUCUCAGUGUGCAAAGUUUGCAUGAAUUGCCUGCAGCUUUGUUUGGAUUUACUGAGUUGGAGGAACUUGACCUGUCAUGGAAUAAACUUACAACAAUACCUGAAAGUAUCGGAAAGCUAAAGAAUCUUAUGAAACUUGAUGUGAGUCUAAACAAGCUGUCCAUAUUCCCUACAAGUUUGACUCAACUAAAAAAACUCAGAGUGCUGAACAUCAGAGAUGACAAUCUAACCACCAUCCCUGAUGCUAUUGGGGAUAUGGUGGGGCUGGAGGGACUGAAGCUGAGUGGCAACCAGUUGACUGUGUUGAGUCCAGCUAUAACACAGCUGAAGAAACUCAAAGUGCUGGACAUCUCAUAUAACAAUCUAACCUCCAUCCCUGAUGCUAUUGGGGAGAUGGUGGAGCUGGAGAGACUGGUGCUGAGUUACAACCGGUUGACUGUGUUGAGUCCAGCUAUAAAACAGCUGAGGAAACUCAGAAAGCUGUACAUCUCAGAUAACAAACUAACCACCAUCCCUGAUGGUAUUGGGGAGAUGGUGGAGCUGGAGAGACUGUGGCUGAUGUUCAACCAGUUGACUGUGUUGAGUCCAGCUAUAAAACAGCUGAAGAAACUCAAAGUGCUAGACAUCUCAUAUAACAAUCUAACCUCCAUCCCUGAUGCUAUUGGGGAGAUGGUGGAGCUGGAGAGACUGGUGCUGAGUUACAACCAUUUGACUGUGUUGAGUCCAGCCAUAAAACAGCUGAAGAAACUCAAAUGGCUGUACAUCUCAUAUAACAAACUAACCACCAUCCCUGAUGGUAUUGGGGAGAUGGUGGAGCUGGAGAGACUGGGGCUGAGUGGCAACCAGUUGACUGUGUUGAGUCCAGCUAUAAAACAGCUGAAGAAACUCACUCGACUGGUUGAAUGUUCAAAAGAUGUAGCAAAGAUUGUGGUUGGCAGAAUGUGUGGAGCAGAUAUUUCUCAAUUUUUAAAGGAAGAGACAACCGAAGAAGGAGAACUGAAAUUAGAAGAUGAAGUUGAAGGUGAUUUCAAGUCAAAGCAGGUUUGA